AUGUCGUCCAGUGGUGACUCGGAUUAUGUCGUUCUGCGUAAUCCCAGAGCUGAAACAUUGCAGCCUCAAAAUCAGGAUGCUCCAGGACAGACUGGAAUAGAGGCCGGUGGCGGUACCCCACUUGGGGGCAGCAUUCACCAGCCAGCGCGGGACCCUUCCGAGGAGAAGCAGCCUACUACCCGUGCUGAGCUGCGAGCAGAGAUCAAAAGAUUACAAAAGGAGGAACUUGCGAAGAUUUAUCAAAAUCUAUACAAGGAGGAGGUCGAAACGGCUGAUGCUGAAGUAGUAGCCAAAUGCCGUGACGGCCCCGGCGUGGACCCAAAGUCGGAGGUCUAUAAGGAAAUCGAGGGAUAUCGACGUGUGCGUCCAAUGGAAGAAGUCGACUUGAACGUUGCGGCUCUCUCUAUAGCCAAUGACCCGGAUGACAAACCAGAGGAUGACCGCCUCGAUAACCUCGAGCAGAUUCGUAACAGCUUCAUCGACGGCGAUCGUCUGGCUCCACUGUGGGAUGCAUACGAAAGGCAGACUUUCAUUUACCCUAACGUCAUCAACAACCAAGUGACACUAUCUCCUAAGCCGACUGAGGCGCAGACCACCUUGCAAACCAAGUUUCAGAAACCAGAGGCCCAUCCGUAUGCCUCGCGAGGUAAACCCCCUACAUUCCCACCCAGCGCAUAUACGAAAUGGCGAAAGUAUGACCACUUGUGCGAUUGGUGGUGGGCCCCUCCUAUGCUUCCGUUUUACGAUCAAUGGCUUCACAAAUUCCGUUUUUGGCUCGACGAGACCAUUCAGGAUGCCUGCUACGCAAACAUCUACCACAAGGGCUAUUUUGAUGGCACCGCUCAUCCGGAUGGUGUUAGAACCUUUAUCAUCCCGAAUCUACCAAAGGCUACCACUAUCCUCAAUCCCAACGAUGAGCUAGCUCAUAGACACAGACACGAGACGGCAGCAGGUCUCAGCUACAACUAUGUCAUGCACAAAAAAGCCGAAGCAGAGCUAGAGGAGCAGAAACUAGCUUUGUCGCGCCGCAUGCAACUCGAAUGCAUGGCCACCUUGCCGCCAAAUCCCAACACGCCAAGGGCAAACAUUUACCUCAGACCGGCACACGCAGGAGACGCCAAUCAACUCCUCCCCAUUUACAACUGGUACGCCCAGAACUCCUUCGCGAGCGUCGACAUCGGAAAGUUGGAGCCAGGGGACAUUCGGCAGCGCAUCCAAGCCGCCAAAGACGCCCGCCUUCCCUUUAUCGUUGCCGUGGAGCGCGGUUCAGGCAACCAGAGAGAGAAUAUCUUUGGCUACGCCACUGCUAAAGACUACACCGGUUCGGAAACCAGUGGUAGAUACACCGCCGAGUUGGAGUUAUUCGUCAUCCCAGAGCAACAGCGCAAAGGCAUCGGAAAUUGUCUUAUGGACAAGCUUUUGCAGGUAUGUGAUGGAAAUCACAGAACCAAGGGCGGUUAUGGUUUCUACAACCAUGGUCUCUGUGGGUACAGCCUGGGCGGACGUCGCGAGUUCGCUCGGCUGAUCUUCACAUUCACAUACGUUCCCGAGGAACGCCAGUCGAAGAGUUGGGUCAGGGAUUGGCUGGCCAAGAACAACUUUGAAUUACAAGGACGCUUGUGCGGAGUCCGCGCAAAGAACGAAAGACUUCUCGACGUUGCGUACUUCGUCAAGAACAAUAUCUUCGCACUUCCAUACCGAUAG